GUGAAUCUAUGGGCUUGGGGCUUGGUGUUGUGUGUUGCUUUGUGGUUACUGCUACCGAUUUCUCUAGCCGAUCAGUUGUCUGAGAAUUACCGAAAUGACUGGUCAAAAUUUUUGUGGGAAUUGGAGAUAACAGAGAGUGUUUACUGUUCACCGUUUGAUUAUAUUUGUUCCUCAAGAGGCUGUUUAAAAUCUCUGAUGCGAUCAUUUGGUGGAGCCAUGGGCUUUUUUCAUUUUAAUCUCAAUAAGAGGAGACCAUGUGCAAAUAUAUGUUUCUGGAUUUUUCUUGUACUCUUGCUGCAAAAUAGCAGAGGAACAUUAUCAGUUUCCAAUUACUUAGUUGGACUUGGAAGCUAUGACAUCACGGGACCUGCAGCCGAUGUUAAUAUGAUGGGAUAUGCCAAUACAGAGCAGAUCGCAUCUGGUGUGCAUUUCAGGUUGCGAGCUCGCACAUUUAUUGUAGCAGAACCUCAGGGGAACCGGGUUGCGUUUGUUAAUCUUGAUGCUUGCAUGGCCUCACAACUUGUGACAAUUAAGGUGCUUGAGAGGUUGAAGGCAAGGUAUGGGAACCUUUAUACUGAAAAUAAUGUCGCUAUUAGUGGUAUUCACACCCAUGCAGGCCCUGGGGGUUAUCUCCAAUAUGUUGUUUAUAUUGUGACAUCUCUUGGAUUUGUACGUCAGUCAUUUGAUGUCAUUGUUGAUGGCAUUGAGAAAAGCAUCAUACAAGCUCAUGAAAGUCUCCGACCAGGAUCAAUUUUUGUGAAUAAAGGAGAGCUCUUAGAUGCUGGCAUAAACCGCAGUCCAAGUGCAUAUCUCAAUAAUCCUGCUGCUGAACGUGGUAAAUACAAGUAUGAUGUUGACAAAGAAAUGACCCUUCUGAAGUUUGUAGAUGAUGAGUGGGGACCAGUGGGUAGCUUUAAUUGGUUUGCCACUCAUGGAACUUCUAUGAGUCGGACAAACUCAUUGAUAAGUGGGGACAACAAAGGAGCUGCUGCCCGAUUUAUGGAGGACUGGUUUGAGGAGAAUGGUGGUGGACAAGCAUAUUCUGAUAGCUUACAAGUUGAUGGAGUUCCCCGGAGAGUCUCAAAUAUAAUUCAUAACCUUCAUGAAAAUUAUGAUGAGUUACGGGAACUUGCUGCCUCCUUCCAGUCCACUCCUGGUAGACCAGCAACCAGGUUUUUAAGUGUUGCACGACGUGUCAGGAACCCUCUCAGGCAGGCUGAUAAGCCUGGAUUUGUUUCUGCAUUUUGCCAAACAAACUGUGGUGAUGUUAGCCCUAAUGUGCUUGGAGCAUUCUGUACUGACACUGGGCAACCUUGUGACUUCAAUCACAGUACCUGUGGUGGGAAAAAUGAGUUGUGCUAUGGCCGAGGACCAGGGCACCCUGAUGAAUUUGAAAGUACACGUAUCAUUGGAGAUAGGCAAUUCAGAAAGGCUGUGGAUCUUUUCAAUAAAGCAACAGAACAGUUGAAAGGGAAGAUUGAUUACCGUCACACCUAUUUGGACUUCUCCAAGCUUAGUGUGACACUUCCUAAACAAGGAGGAGGUUCUGAGGUAGUAAAAACAUGUCCCGCCGCAAUGGGGUUUGCAUUUGCUGCAGGAACAACUGAUGGUCCUGGAGCUUUUGACUUCAAGCAAGGAGAUGAUCAGGGGAAUCCUUUCUGGAGGUUGGUCCGCAACGUACUUAAGACACCAGAUAAGGUGCAAAGGGAUUGUCAUCAUCCAAAGCCAAUCCUCCUUGAUACUGGAGAAAUGACGAAACCAUAUGAUUGGGCGCCUUCGAUACUUCCAAUUCAGAUCCUCCGGAUUGGGCAACUAGUUAUUCUCAGUGUACCUGGAGAAUUCACAACAAUGGCUGGGAGGCGUCUGCGCGAUGCUCUGAAGACUGCACUCAUAAGUGGAGGUAGUAAAGAAUUCAAAAACGUUCAUGUUGUCAUAGCAGGGUUAACAAAUACAUAUUCUCAAUACGUGACCACUUUUGAGGAGUACCAGGUGCAGAGAUAUGAGGGUGCCUCCACACUAUAUGGUCCACACACACUCAGUGCUUACAUCCAGGAGUUCAAGAAGCUUGCAACUGCUCUUGUCACUAGCUCUACCAUUGAGCCAGGCCUGCAACCUCCAGAUCUACUUGACCAGCAAAUAAGCCUUCUACCACCAGUGGUGCUGGACGGGACCCCUCCUGGUGUAAAAUUCGGAGACGUCCAGCUUGAUGUACCUAUGAACUCCACCUUCAAGAGAGGUGGGAUGGUGAGUGUGACUUUCUGGUCAGCUUGCCCCAGGAAUGAUCUCAUGACUGAAGGCACAUUCGCCCUCGUCGAAAUUCUCCAUGGAAAGGAUUCUUGGGUUCCAGCUUACGAUGAUGAUGAUUUCUGCCUCCGGUUUAAGUGGUCAAGACCUGCAAAGCUGAGCCCCAGAAGCUACGCAACCAUAGAGUGGAGAAUUCCAGAGUCGGCAGCUCCAGGUGUGUACAGAAUAAGGCAUUUCGGUGCCUCAAAGUCCCUUUUUGGAUCCAUCAGCCAUUUCACAGGCACGUCCAGUGCUUUUGUGGUGGCCUAACAUCUGAAGUUUUAUCAUUUAUGUGCGCACCACACAUGUUCCUAUUGGAUUAUUUAUGUCUUCCUUGAAAAGCUAGUGAUUAAACUGGGUUCUAAAUUCGGCGUUGUAAUUAUCAGUUCCUUCAUCUUUUGGCAGAAUGGCAGUUAAUCUGAAGUUGCAUGUUUUUUGUUUUA